AUGGAAGUUGCAAGAUCAAAGAAAGGAAUUUGUGUUUCAAAAAGAAAAUAUACUGUUGAUUUGCUCAGAGAGACAGGUUUUCUGGGAAGUAAACCAGCAGAUACACCUAUCGAAGAGAACCACAAGCUGGGAUAUAAGAAAGGAGAGGUGCCCGUCGAUAAAAGGAGAUACCAGAGGUUGGUUGCGCGUCUAAUCUAUCUAUCCCAUACACGGCCCGAUAUUGCCUAUGUUGUAAGUGUAGUCAGCCAAUUUAUGCACGAGCCAUAUGAAGAACAUCUUGGAGCAGUUCAUUGCAUUUUGAGAUACCUCAAAGGAACUCUAGGAAAGGGGUUAUUUUUCAAAAAGAAUGAUUCAAGGAAGAUCGAGGCAUUUACUGACACAGAUUGGGCUGGAUCAGCUAGUGAUAGAAGGUCUACCACUGAGUACUGCACAUUUAUAUGGGGUAAUCUAGUGACCUGGAAGAGCAAGAAACAACCAGUGGUUGCAAGGAGUAGUGCUGAAGCUGAACUUUGA